CAAAAUUGGAAAAAACCCUCAUAAUAAUAUUCCAUAUCCUAACUUGCCUUAUUAAACAAUUCAAACUAUCUAACACACUUGGCUACAAUCAACCUCUUGAAUCUUCUCCAAACUCAACUUUUCUUUGUUAGGUAUUCUAUAAUUCUUGAUUGACUAAAAAACCACUACUCUCUUGCUUAUUUAUAUUGAACACAUGCAUGCUAAAUUGUAGAUAAAAAAGGGGCUCUUGAUCAUGUUUUGAUAUUGUAGAAAGAAAAUGGUAAAUAUGGAAAAUUUGAAGGUGGGAUUUCUUGUUUUGUUUGUGGGAAUUGGAAUUGGUAGCUAUUUAGGUUAUGCAGAAAUUUCUGAAGAUGCUAUGAAAAAGAUUGAUCUUGUGAAUGAAAAAGGGCAAUGCUUAGGAAUUGUAGUGCCAAAUGCCUUUGAAAUGAAUCCUCUUCUCCAGUCUCCAAAAUUUGUGGCUGAUGAUCAUCUUCCCUACUUAGAUUUUUCAGGGAGAAGAUUUAGGACAGGCAAGCUGGAAAAUGUCAAUGUUAUAAUUGUCAUGACUGGACUAAGUAUGCUAAAUGCAGGUGUGACCACACAAUUACUGUUGAGUCUAUUCAAGAUAAAUGGUGUUGUUCAUUAUGGAAUUGCAGGAAAUGCAAAUCCUUCUCUCCAAAUUGGAGAUGUUACUAUUCCUCAAUUCUGGGCUCACACUGGCCUUUGGAAUUGGCAGAGGUACGGAGACGGGCCUGACGAUGAGCUUUCAUUAGAAUCAAAUGGAGAUUACACCAGGAAACUGGGGUUUCUUGAUUUUUCUGAUUACAAUAACAAGACUGGAAAUCAAUCAGAUGAUAAUCUUUUAAACAAAGUUUGGUUCCAACCUGAGGAGAUCUUUCCUGUAAAUGGAGUUCCUGAAGUCAGACAGCGCGCCUUCUGGGUUCCUGUUGACCCACGCUACUUCAAAAUUGCAGGGGAACUACAGAAUCUGAAGCUAGAAGGAUGCGUAAACUCAACAUGCUUGCCGAGAACACCUAUAGUGACAAGAGUUAAACAGGGAGUGAGUGCGAAUGUUUUCGUGGACAACAGAGCUUACCGUGAAUUUCUGAAUGAUAAAUUCAACGCAACUCCGAUUGACAUGGAGAGUGCGGCGGUGGCUCUGAUCUGCCACCAGCAGCGGAUGCCUUUUAUUGUAAUUAGGGCUUUGUCUGAUUUAGCAGGCGGUGGUUCUGCCGUUUCAAAUGAAGCUGGUGUUUUUGCUUCUUUGGCUGCUCAAAAUGCUGUUGUUGCUUUAGCUAAAUUUGUUUCCUUGUUGUUUGGUUAAUCUUGUAAUUUAUGAUAAGUUGAUGGAUUUUAGUGUUCGUCUGUAGUCUUGAAAAUAAUAUAAACAAUUUCAUUUUUUUAUUAAAAGAUUUAGUUCUUAAUUAA